AUGCACUUCACCAAGAUACUGCUCGCCUCUGGCAUCCCCCUUCUAGCUGUCUGCAACCGUUUCAAGCUCAAGCCCCGUACCAUCUCACCCCCUUUUCAUCUCCUCGCAAUCCACUCAACAAGCCCCAUCCAUCUCCAACCCAUCAACGCCAGACUCGGAGGCUUCUACAUCGGCGAAAGACCCGAAACUUACUGUCCGCUAGCACCGUGCCCGGUUGUAAAUCAGACAGGAUUCAUCGUUGCCAACGGCAAGUCAUUCUUGGACGUCUCGGUCGCAGGAGGCCAAAACCUCUACGUCGAUCCCCACGGCGCACUCUCCUUCACACGCGCCGGCAGCCCCGGCGCCAUCCCCGAGGGCGCCGCGACGGCCAAUUUCACCUACACCCCUGCCAUCGACGACGACGACGGGCCCGGAUCGUUCAUGUUCUCGGGACUCGGCGCCGACGGCUUUCUGGCCUGUCCGAGCGACGGACCCGCUGGCAUCCCCUACAGCGUAUUCGCCAACGUGACAGGGUUGACCGACGCAACCGUGCCCGGUGGCAAUGUGAGUGCUUGUGUUGGGAUCGCUGCCGCCGCGUUUGCGUAUACGUAUGAGGACAAUGUUGUGGCUUAUGGGUACGAUUGA